AUCAAUCGCACGAUCUCGAGUUCAGUUAACUACUGUAAGUACAUAGAGGUUUCUAAUUUGCUUACUUAAAGGCAAACAUCUAAUAUGACAUGUGGGAGUCACCCUAUGCGCAAGUAGUGUGGCGAGAAUCGCCAUGAGCUGCUCCUAUAUAUCGUGAACCUCAGCAGUGCACCCUUUCUCUCAGGCUUCCAAACACAAAUUACUCACCAUGGCCGAGAAACCAUUCACCCUCGCUGUUCCAGAUGCAGAUUUGGAGUUCUUGCACAAGAAACUGGAAUUCACGCGACUCCCGGAUGAGCUGGACGAUGCCAAGUGGGACUACGGCGUACCCCUGGACGAUAUCAACAGGCUUGUUGCCAAGUGGAAAGAUGGAUUCGACUGGCGCGCCAGUGAAGCUGCAAUUAAUGUCAUUCCCCAGUUUACUCGGGAUAUUGAAGUCGACGGACACGGCACGCUAAAUAUCCAUUACGUUCACCAAAAGAGCAAAUUGGAGAAUGCUAUACCUCUCCUCUUCGUGCAUGGAUGGCCCGGACACUUUAUGGAGGUCGCGAAGCUCCUCCCUUUAUUGACCGUUGUCGCUCCUGAUCAGCCGAGUUUCCAUGUCGUCGCUCUUAGCUUUCCAGGAUUUGGUUUCUCUGAGGCACCCAAGAAAAAGGGAUUUGCCAUGACCCAAUACGCUGAGGUUGGUCACAAGCUGAUGCUUGCCCUCGGAUACAAGGAAUACGUUACUCAAGGUGGCGAUUGGGGGCACGUGGUCACUAAAACAAUAGUCCAAACGUACGGAGGGAAACACGCCAAAGCCUGGCAUAGCAACUGUGUAAAUAACACGGGUCCACCGUCCUUGAAGUCAACCCCAUGGUUAUAUCUCAAGUACCUUGUGACACCUUUCAGUGAGGAUGACCGAAAAGGUUUCGAGCGGUCUGCUUGGUUCCAGAUGAAAGGCACUGGUUACUUUCAAGAACAGUCAACGUACCCUCAGACGUUGGGGUACUCCUUGGCAGAUUCACCUGUCGGUUUACUUGCGUGGAUCUAUGAGAAACUCGUCACUUGGACUGAUAAUUAUCCGUGGACGGACGAUGAAGUCUUGACGUGGAUCUCGCUUUACUGGUUCUCUCGACCUGGGCCCGCAGCAUCUGUGAGGAUCUACUAUGAGGUUGUGGCCGCUUCCGACUUCACGAGGCCGCAAUGGAUAUCUGUUCCCAUUGGAUUUUCCUACUUCCCGAAGGAACUCAUGAUAGCUCCUAAGCUGUGGGGCCGUGCGCUCGGAAACGUCGUCUUCGAAUCCGACCAUAAGAGUGGCGGACAUUUCGCUGCACAUGAGAAACCCAGGGAGUUGGCGAAAGAUUUGAGAAAGAUGUUUGGGAUCGGUGGACCUGCAUUUGGCGUCGUUUCCGGUAAAAGUGGAUAUACAGUGGCUUAAGGCACUUUGAGCGUGGACUGGACCUCAUCCAAAUGGGACGAUAUUGCAUUUUCCGUAGUUCCCGGCACUUGGACUUCAUAUGUUUCGUUUUCAAGCUUGUCAUCGAUGCAGAAAUUGUAAUUGCUCCUCUCAGUUGGAUCAAUGGAUUACAUGCAGAGCUUCCUUGAUGCAUGGAUGUUAUCAAGUCAAUUUCUCG